AUGGCGAAUGUACGACCAAGUGUUAUCGACACUCUUGGUCACAUUGACAUGCUUACGUGGCUGUCGGUUUCGUACCCAAUGGGGGAGGUAGGAGCCAAUCCCUUGUGGGGGAAAUUCAACCAGCAGUUCAACAAUAAGAUCCUAUACCUCGCAGCUGUCCUCAUAUUCGAAGUUGGAUCGGCGGUCAUCGGUUCAGCACAGUCUAUCCAGGCCGUCAUCGUGGGUCGGGCAGUCGCUGGCUUUGGCGGCUCUGGCAUCUACGUCGGAACAAUCAACAUCAUAUCUGGUAUUACUAUCCCGGCCGAACGCACGAAAUAUCUGAAUUUUGUUGGUAUGUCAUGGAGUCUAGGAACCGUCUUGGGCCCGAUCGUGGGCGGCGCUUUUGCCGAUUCUGCAGCGACUUGGAGAUGGGCCUUCUAUAUCAACAUUUGCAUCGCUGCCUUUUCCGUCCCAGUAUGCAUCUGGUUGGUCCCUUCAAUUGCUCAUGCGGUUCCAUUCACGCUGGUCGAACGCAUCAAACGCAUUGAUUAUUUAGGUGCUGUCCUGUUCCUGGGGGGCGUCGUCUCCAUUGUUAUGGUCCUUGGAUUUGGCGGCGGAACUGAUUACGACUGGAAAAGCGGGCAGAUGAUUGGCCUCUACGUGUCCACAGUAGUGCUCUGGAUGGCAUUCAGUCUACAGCAAGGCCUUCGAUUAUUGACCGUUGACCGAAUCUUUCCAGCCCAGUUCGCUUGCAAUUGGGAGAUGGUCAACCUAUUUUCCUGGACCGCCAUUGCCAUUGCCAACAUUGUUGUCACAAUCUACUCUCUGCCGCUAUUUUUCCAGUUCACCUAUGGCGACUCGUCUCUUCGCUCAGCAGUCUAUACUCUACCCUUUGUUCUCAGCGUAGUCGCUAGCGCUGGCGUCAGUGGGCCUAUAUUCUCGAAAUACCCAAUAUAUAUGGCCUGGUUCGCCGGGGCAAGCGCUGUCAUGCUGAUCGGUAACGGUCUACUUUCGACUCUCGACUAUAAUACCUCGCGCGGCGCUAUCUGCGGCUAUACCAUUCUUCAAGGCGUCGGCGUAGGGCCAGUAAUUCAACUAGGAUAUACCGUUGGUCAAACAAAGGUACCACACUCUAUCGUACCCCAGGUCACGGCAUUCUUGACGUGUGCUCAAAUGGCCGGCCUUGCUCUAUCCCUCGGCAUCGCGACAUCCGUGUUCUUGAACAGUGCUACAGACGACAUCGCCGCCAUCUUGCCUGGCACAACGCGUGGUUUCAUCAAGGCCAGCAUAAACGGAGCUAGGACGGGACUUUUGGAGACAAUCUCCCCGGAAGAUCGUUUUCGUGUCUUGCAAGCUAUUGCCCGAAAUAUUGGCAGGGUAUUCUACAUGAAUAUCGCAGGCGCAGCACUUGGUUUUCUAUCAUCUCUCACAAUGAAACGCGAAAGAUUAACAUUGUAA